AUGUUUGCAGAGAUGUUGGAUUCGGUCUGUAGUUUAAAGGAAUUUGCCCAAGUUAAAGUUCUUCACGAUCAUCUACCAGUUCAACUUAAAACCACAGUUUUAUCAAGAUCAAGGUGCCGCACAUCCAUCAUGAAAAAGGCUUCAGAGUUUUUAAACAAAACUGAAGAAGAUCAAAGUUGUUCAGAAGAGGCCAUGGUGGUUACAAAAGAUCGUCAUAGCUACAAGGAGUCCUUAAGAAAUUAUAUGACAAAACAACGGGAAAUGUUCCAUAUUCAGUAUUCUCUGUCGGUGAAACACGAUACAAUGAAGAAAAUGGAAGAAAUAGUUGCAAAUGAAAAGCGAAAACUAAGACUUGCUGAAAAACAUCUGGAGGAAGAUGCAAUCACUUUUGAUAAUUUUCUCAAGGAAAAUGACUUAACUUCUGUAGAAGCAGUUAAAAUAGCAGAGCAAGAAACAAGAAUAAAACUUGAGAAAGCAAAUGAAAUAAAGAGGGCUUCUGCUAAAAUGAUGGCAAUUAAAAGUAUAAUUUCAAAGAAUGAGGAAAUCUUGAAUGAAUAUUUGCUUUAUAAGGAUUUUUUGACAAAUAUGACACCCUCAGAGUGGAAAAAGGAACAGCAAAGAAAGAAAGAUAAGAAAAAGAAAGCCAAAAUCAAGGAAAGGGACAAGAAGAAGAAAGAAGAAAAGGCCCUGGAACCAGCAUUUCCAAAAACACAAGAAUUUGCAUUGCUGACCGUCGAGCAGAAGAAAGAGACUCAGACAAGGCAAGGUUUGUACUGUGUUACUAAGAUUUCUGUUUACUACCAGGAACUUGAGCUCUACUUCAAAGAUCCAAAGGAGAUGUUGAACAUUUUAACAGAGCUAGAAGAGCAAAAUCUUUCAUAUAUACAAAACUUUCAAGAAACAGAGGAAGCUAUGGAGGAAAUGCGUACGAACGUCCGUAUCACAAAGGAGAGAAUGAAUUAUGAAACAGAAAUACUGAAGCAGCAGAUUGUUAUGCUUAAAGCAACCAUUGUAAGGGAGGAAGAGAAAGCUUCAGAACUAGAGUUCAAGUCUAGAAUUUUUUCCUAUGGAGAAGUGAAUUCACAAAAACAAGAUCAUGCACUUAAUAUUUUGAACAAAAAAGUGGAUGAUGUGUACAAAUCUUGCAUUGGUGAUGUUCCAGCAAAAAUCAGCACACUGCAGAUGUUAACAAGCAUAGAGAACCGAAUGGAAGAAUUACUGGAGAGCUUGGAAGCAUUGCCACGAGAUAAAGUGGAAGCAGUUGAACACUUAAAAGAAAAGGAAAUGCGACUGAGGAUACGUGAGGAACAAAUCAGAAUUAAGAAGCAACAGCAGGAGGAAAGACUAAGAACUGCAAUCCAGAGAGCAAAUGCAGACACAAAGAAAAGGGCUGGAAGAAAGCUGAUGUUCCGCUCAGAGCCACCAACAAUAAAACAAGUUAACAAAUCCAAGGGCAUGACUACCAAGGAGCAAGAAGAUUUGUUGUAUUACUUUACCUAA